UCACCUUUCUUUCUCGAUCAUUGCAGCACCUUCACCUCUCGCUUUGCGCUUCGUGUCUCUUUGACCUGCCCGUCAAGGCCUUGCACCAGGCAGGCGAGGAGGGCUUGAGAGGGACUUCAGCACGUAGACGCAUACACCCCCGAUCACUCCCACUGAACGGCCGGUUUCCGCUUUAUAUGAACGGUUCUUCAUCACAAAUAGCUUUCGGAUCUUCUUGUUCUUCUCUUCUUUUCCCUUCGUCAUCGCACAUCCCGUCAUGUCUUCUGACAACAGCCUCGCCACGUUCUUCUCCUCUCCUACGGGUCGUACCGCUGCCAUCGCUGGUGGCGCCUUGGUCGUUCUAGGAGCCGGCUCCUUGCUUUACUCUCGCAACAGCAACAGCAACAGCAACAGCAACAUCAACAGCAACAGCAGCCUCAGCAAGUCAUCAGACUCUACUCGAGCGAAACGAGCAAUCCCCAAGCAUUCCAAAUCCACCAAAUCGGGCGCUUCCUCGGCAGCUUCUGCCUCGGAUGACGAGUACAUUCCCGCUCCGCGCACUCGGCCUCCACAGGGCGCAAACACGCUAAAUCCAGUCGCGGUGCUAUGGGACGUCGAUAAUUGCCCGCCUCCCACUGGUUCUUCAGGCCGAGCCAUCGUUCAAGCUAUUCGUCGAGCGGUACAGGCCGUAGGACCUGAUAGCGUCUUGGGCGCAGGAAAUGCAGGAGAGGAGCUGCUGCCGAGCGGACCCAUUGUGAUGUUCAAGGCAUACCUGGAGAUGAGCGACGCCAGUGCCGCUCCAAGCCCGCAGCAAGUCCUUCUGCGUAGCGAGCUGCAAGGCUGCGGAGUCAGCCUGAUAGAUACGCCCAAAUCCGGUCGCAAGGACGUGGCGGACAAGAUGCUCAUCACAGACAUGCUGGCAUUUGCCAUUGAUCAGCCCAGCCCAGCAAGGGUCGUCGCCAUCACGGGCGAUCGUGACUACGCCUACUCGCUGGGUUGCUUGAGGAAUCGCAACUACUCCGUCGUGCUAGUCGUUCCUCCAGUCGGCGCUCCUCCAAUACUGGAAGCCAGCGCCAACGUCGUCGUUCGAUGGCGCCAGGAUGUGCUAGGGAUGACUCACGACGCAAAUGGCAGGCCCUAUGCGACUGCCACGCCUAAAAGGAGCAACGGCGCUUCAUCUUCCGUGGCCGCGUUCGGCACGAGCCCUUCCAAAGCCCUACAUGCGCCAAGCACUCCAUUGAAUACACGCCAGGCAGAUUUUGUCCGUGGCCCAGGUGGUCAGCCAGUGCCAGCGGUCUUUUCGCCACUCAUCACAGUUUUGGAGCAGUUGAGGAGCCAGGGCGUCACAUAUCCUCUACGAGGUACCGUAGCCGAAAGGCUCGCCGCUAUAGACGAUAAAUUGUAUGAGCGGGCCGGUGCCAGUCGUUGGGCUGAUUACGCAGCUGUUGCAGAAGCAGCAGGGUUCAUCACGCUCGGUACUGGUCAGCCAGGCAAGGACUGGGUCGCCUUGCGAACACCGACCACCAUGAAGAAAAAGCUCGAGAAGAAUGAGUAUGAUGCGAUGACUUCGAGUCCUCUCUCUGUAGCACCUGCCUCAGCCAAAAAGCAACCUCCUUCAACUCCCACUCCCACUCCCAACAAAGCUCGAGCUGAUGAACUUGCCCGAGGAUCUAGCCCCACAAAGCGCUUUGCCCAACUGACCCCAGAGCCCGCGCACUCUUCGCCCCUCACCAAGAGCGAUAGCAGCUCGGGCAACCUGGGCGGCGGCACCAGCAUCCCGCUCAGAGAGCUGGAGAAGACCUUGCCACACGCGCCGUCCAAGGAACUCAUCCCAAUCUGCUUCUUUGCUCUUGCCAACUUCUUGCUCAACGAGCGCACUGUUGGAAAUGACUACGUUCCGGACACCAAGAUUCAGCGCUGGCUUUCUACGUCGAAGCACAAGAUGGCAAUAUACAUUCAGACGACGAACAAUUGGGUUGACUACUUGAUGCUGGCUCGCGAAUAUAAGAUUGUGCGGCUCAAAACUGUGCCCGGCGAAGAAUCCUUGCGAGUCUCGAUCCAUCCCCGCUUGACGGAGAGUCCUGCGCGUGGACAAAGGCCCAAGUCGCCUGAGAAUCCACCGCGUUCUAAUGGAGCGCAAGAGGGCGAAUACGAACAGGAACAUUCUCAACGCACUCAAUCUACCUCUCGCGCUACAUCCGGCGUCAGCGAGCGCGCCAAAUUUAAGCCGCUUGUCGACAUUCUGGUGCGACUGAGACGAGGGUGAGUGUUCCAGAGGUGGUGGGCUCAGGAGCAGGACUUGCUUUGCUAAUACCGAGUCCAAUCUGGUAAAGGCACGGAGAGGCCCAGCCCUCACGAAGCUUGGUGACCGAAGAGCUG